UCAAUAUGGCGAUUGGUUUCUGAUUCGAGUAGAAACACAGCGUCAGAAGGAUAAUAUCAUUGAAGGAAGUUUCUCUCUCUUUAUAUUUUUCUAGAAUAGUUAAAUAAUACUCUCUUCGAAAUAUCAAAAAUAUAAAUAUGAAAUAAUAUAUAUAUUAUAUGAUAAUGCAUAAUUAUUAUGUACACUAUCAAAUUUUAAUUUUUACAUGUUAAUAAUAAUAUAUUUAUUUAAAAAAAUUAUUAAAUUUUAUAUUACUAAAGUGAAAAAAACUUGUGCCAAGAAUGUCUCAGGACGAUGAUGUAGGAUUUUUAUAUAAAACAAUGAGUAAGUUAAGAAAUUUUAUUAAAUAUAUUUUAAGAUAUUUCGCUGUAGGUUAAAAUGAAUAUAAUAAAUAAAAUAAAUAAUUUUUCAUAAUACAUUAUAUGAGAAAGAUUUUAAAUUUAUAUUUUUUUUUUUAAAUUUGCAAAUAAUGUUAAUUACAAUUUUUUUAAUAAUAUAAAUAUUUAAAAUACAAACAAAAUUAAUUCAAAAAAUGAAACAUUUUAUAUUUCAUAUAUUUAUAUUUUAAUUUUAUAUAUUUAUAUCUUUUUAUGAACAUAUGUAUAAUUAGAAUAAAUAAUAAAUAAAUGUAAUAUUUAAUCAAUGUAUAAUACAUUUAGAGUAAUAAUUUUAUUAAAUCAACAACUUAAAUAUGAAUUUUAAUACAUAUAAAUCUUUUUUUAAUUUUAAUGUGAUUUUUUUAUUUUUAAUUUAAAAAAUAUUUAAUAUUUUAAUAAUAAUUUAUAAAAAAUAUAAUAAAUAAAACAAAAUAAAAAAAGAACACAUAAAAUAAUCGUAAUGCACAAAACCGGCGUUGUAUUCCUUCGCGUAUGUCAGUAUUUUACAGUGACGACUUGAUGAGUUUGAUAUAUAUACGUGUAGUGGGAGGCGUUUAAAAACUAUACAUAUAGCGGUAUACGGAUGUGUCAGAAUUCUUAAAGAAAAAAUAAUUUAUAUAAAGAAAAAUAUGAAAUAUUACCAUUGAAAUUAAGCAAAAGUUUUGCUUUAAGAAUAAUAUGACUAGCAUUUUUGAAAGAGAUCCAAAAAAAAGGAGAGUUAAGCCUGUAGGAUCAGCACAAUCUUUACUUGAUUUUGAUUUAGGUGAAAGCUCUGAUGACAGUGAUUUUAGAAUUGAGGAUCACUGUGAAUCUGAUGAUGAUUCAGUGGAUUCUAAUGAUAUAGGAAAAGAGGAAGAAGAUGUGUCUGAGCAAUCUGAUGAUUCUUUGGAAGAUCCAUUAUUGACUAAAAAAGAAAAUCCUAAUUUAACUGUAGGAGAUGUAAUUGAACAAGCUAGACAACAAGCAUUAAAAGGAAAUUCACUUGAAGAUAAAUUAAAUAAAAUGUUAAUUUGUUGUGGUUGCUUAGGAGAUAGAAGCGAUGAUGUUAAUGAAAUUGUUGAAUGUGAUGGAUGUGGUGUUAGUGUACAUGAAGGAUGUUAUGGUGUAUCUGAUGUAGAAAGCUUUUCAAGUACUGAUUCUUUAUGUCAGUCAGCACCAUGGUUUUGUGAAGCUUGCAGUGCAGGUAUUGAAGAUCCUUCUUGUGAACUUUGUCCUAAUAAAGGUGGAAUUUUUAAAGAGACUGAUGUAGGCAAAUGGGUACAUUUAGUAUGUGCACUUUAUGUACCUGGAGUUGCUUUUGGAGAAGUUGAUCGCUUAUCAAGUGUAACACUUUUUGAAAUGGCAUAUAGUAAGUGGGGAGCAAAACAGUGUUCUUUAUGCGAAGAUGCAUGCUUUGCUCGUACUGGUGUAUGCAUAGAAUGUGAUGCAGGAAUGUGUCAUACAUAUUUCCAUGUUACUUGUGCACAAAGAGAAGGUUUAUUAUCUGAAGCUCAUAGUGAAGAAGUUGAUCAAGCUGAUCCAUUUUAUGCACAUUGUAAACUUCAUUCCGAUAAAACACUUGUUCGUAGACGUAGACGUAAUUGGUUAGCUUUACAAUUACGAGCUCAAUACCGACAACAAUUAUUAAAACAACCUAAUCAUUUAGAUACUGAAGAACAGCGUAGAAUCCAAAGAAAAUUAGCAAAACAUAGGCAUAAAUAUUUAGCUCAUAAAGCUUCCAGGCCACCACCAUGGGUACCAACGCAAAAAAUGCCUCGAUUAUUAACUACUUCAGCUUCUGCUUGUCGGCAACUAGCAAGAAAAGCUGAACUCAUGGGUGUUGAUACUGCUGCAUUAGAAGCUCAAGAAGCACAACUUGUAGCUUUAGUUGAUAUUAGGAAAAAGUGGCAUAUUCCUCCUGCUUUUAGCGUAGAAUUCAUUGGUUAUUAUUUGGAUCGCAAUUUACGAGUCACAUCUAUGAAAAGACGAUUACAAGAACUUCUUGAUAUUAAUUCUCAAUUACUUAAUGAACAACAAAGAUUAGAUAGAAGAUAUGAUGAAGUAAUGAAAGAUAAUGAAGAACAGAUUCGAGUUAAUGUAACACUAAAAGAAAAAAUAGAAAUGUAUCACCAAGUGCUUAAGAGUGGUGGUUAUGUAAAAUCAUUACCACAAAUAACUGAUUUAGCAAAACCAAGAAUAGCACCAACUCUAGGUACAGGUUUAGGUGUCCCUACUGCAGCAGCUUUGAAAAUGGGUGUUGGUUUUCCUUUACCAGUUGGUAAAGGAACAGAAGGAAUACGUGAAGGUAGAGUUUUAAGCAGUCAAGCACAAGAUCAAAAUCAUAAAGGAGAAUUAACAUUAAGGCAUCAAUGUGGAAUAUGUAGAAGAUCUACAAAUCAACAUUUACUUGCAAAAUGUGAUACCUGUCAUCUUCAUUAUCAUUUAUCUUGUCUUAGUCCACCUUUAUCACGUAUGCCUAAGAAAACAAAACUUAUGGGAUGGCAAUGUUCUGAAUGUGAUAAAGAAUCUUCUGGAUCAGAAGUUGAACGUAUAGAUACUUCAGCUCCACGUAAAUUAAGGCAUUGUAAAGACGAUUCAAAUCUAACAUCGACACCAACACCACCACAAGAAAUACAAGUACCUACAACGCCAACAACACCUAGUACAUCAAAGAAUUCUUCUACUAAUCUUAAUAACAUAACAAAUGCUUCUACACCUGAUACACCUACAACACCAAAAGUAACUAUAAAACCAGUUGGACCACAACCUCUGUCUUCAACUCCUAUUCAAUCAAAUGAAUCAGUGUACAAUCAGCAACCUAUUAAUAAUAUGACAAUAACCAGAGAAGGUUCACCUGAAUAUAUGGUAGCUUCAGCAGAUGGUACAGAAUCUGUUUCUCAAAGAAGCGCUAAAAAGAGAAGAAGAGAAAAACACAAAAGAUAUACUCCUGAUCCAAUUACGGGUAUAAAGCAAAGAAAACGCAAACAUAAGAGAAAAAGUCUUGAUGUAGAAAAUCCUGAAGGACAAUCUCAACCAGAAAUUCAUAGGAGAAUUACAAUAAAAAUAAAACCAAUUCCAAGGCCAGAGGGAGAUGUAGCAUCAGAAUCAAGUCCACAAAUGUUUGUUGCUACAUCUACUAGUACAGAAAUUACAUCACCACCGCCACUUCCUAAACUACCACCUCCACCUGUUCCAUCUUUGACUUCAAAUACUACAUCUGUAACAUCAAAUGCAUCUACUAAUAAUACAAGUAGAACAUCUACAGGAAACGGAAAAAGAGGAAAAGAUACAGACCUUUUAACACAAUGCAAUGUCUGUGAUAUGCCUGGCACCAGUCAAAAUCUCGUUAUGUGUGAUGAAUGUAAAAAAUGCUACCAUUUCACCUGUCUUGAUCCACCAGUUAAAAAAUCACCUAAAAGAAGAGGCUAUUCAUGGCAUUGUGCUGACUGCGAUCCUAGUUAAAAGCUGUGCCAUCUUUAUUUAUUGAAUAAUCAAAUGCAACGUUCCAUUUACGAAAUGUUGAAUGGCAAUUAGUUAUUAAUACGAAAAAAACUUAAAAUCUCACUUUUAUAUGAAAAUGGGAACAAUUCUUCAUAAAAGAUGGAUAAUACACCUACACUUCGUAUAAUUUUGAAGCAGCCAAAGCAACAAAUUAGGCUAAAACUUAUUUAUGGAUAUUUUUAUCUUUGAUCUAAAAUUGUUACUAGGAAUAUAUCUUGAAGCUAAUUUAAUUCAAUAAAAGAAAGAAUCUGUAAUAGUAAAAUAUUUCUUUCAUUUCAGGCCUCUGAAUCUGAGACUUAAUAUCAACAAUUUUAUGUCUGCAGCUAUAAUUCUACGUUCAAAUAAAUUAAGACAUUAAAUGUCAUUGUUUUUUUGUAAAAUAUAUAGAAUAUAGUUAAUGUUUUUCCUCUAA